GAAAAUAUGACAGGACCGUGACAUUCGUAAGUGGUAGUAGUUCGUACGUUGUCAUUAAAAAUGUUAGAUUUCGAUUUCAUUAGGGAAUACUUUAGUCUACAAAUCAAUGAAGCAAUUUGUUGGUGGUGGUAUUACAUAAAAGAAAUUUCAUGGCAAUUAUUGAUUGCUAUUGUCGCCUAUCUUUGCCUUUGCAUUUGUCUAUAUUCAAUCUUGAAAAAAGUCAGCCACAAUGCGUGGCAGCUUCCAGGUCCACCUGCCAGAGUAUUGUUAGUGACGGCUCAUCCUGAUGAUGAGGUCAUGUUCUUUGGUCCACUGGUAUAUUGGGUCACAAGAUCAAAGGCUAGUGAGAUUUAUCUCCUUUGUCUUACCACCGGUGGACAUAAAAAGAGGAAAGAAGAGUUAUGGAACUGCACAAAAAUAUUAGGGAUACCAGAAGCUAAUGUAACUAUAAUAAUGAGUACAGAGUUACCUGAUGAUCAAAAUGUACAAUGGCCAACAGAAGUAGUGGCGGAAUGUAUUUUACAACAUAUAGAGACUUAUAAAAUCAAUGCAGUCGUAACAUUUGACAAGCAUGGCAUAAGUCGACACAAGAAUCACAUCUCCUUGUACUUUGCCAUAGCUGCAUUAUGCAUUGAAAAGAAAGUACCAUCUUAUUGUAAGCUAUAUGUAUUAGAGUCAGUGAAUAUAAUUAGAAAAUAUGUACAGCUCCUAGAUUUACCAAUUAGCUUAUUAACUGCUUCAUACUGGUAUUUAGUAACAUAUGACCAAAGAAAAACCAUAAGAAAUGCCAUGACUGCACACAAGUCCCAGUAUGUCUGGUUUCGAAAGUUGUACAUGAUAUUUUCGCGGUACACUUUCGUUAAUACCUUCCAAGAAGUAAGUGCUCUCGACCUGGAGUUGGAUCUCCAAUUUUAUGACGAGUAACUUACGCCGAUUCAUACAACUUGUAUAAAUUGUAAUUAAUUGUACAUAAUAAGCAGGAUUUAUCUACUAAUACGCAAUAAAGAAUUUUAG